CUCGAUACUUCCCACCAAGAAUACAGAAUAAAGUGCCUCAUGUAGAAACUGCAUUAUUAGAUACCACAUAUGAAUAAAUUAUUCCUACUAUUCACACCCACACAUCAACGUCGUCCUGACCCAAGUCACGUGCCUCAACACAAACUGGCACGGACAUCCGCUCCCGCCAGUACCCGUCGUCGAAUUUCUCAGCCUGGUGCUGAUUCACACCCCAUAUCUCUGGGGUCACAAAUCAUAUGCCCAUCAACAAACACCACCUCACCGGUAGACCUCCCAAUUGCACGAACACUGCACGAACACCCCUCUCACAAUGUACGCCACGGCGUCCUGCAGCCGCUUCAGAUGCCUUAACGCACCGCCGCUGCGCAACGCCGCGAAGGCAGUUUAUAUAAACUCCUCAGUCCGGGGCCUCGCGACGCCCGCCGGCGAGACGCCCGCCACAGACACCACCACCAGCGCAGCCAAGCCCAAAGGUCGCCCUACCUACUUCAAAGACACCCCCGUCCCCACCCUCGACGAAUACCUGGACAUCGACCAACCCCUCACCCCCGCCGAAAUGCUCGCCCUGCGCCCCCGAACCGCAAAGGUGGGCAAGAAAGAAAUCACCCGCCUCCCCAGCUGGCUCAAGACGUCCAUCCCCUCCCCCAACACCUCUGCGGGGUUCAAAGCCAUCAAGGCCGAUCUGAGGGGCUUGGGACUGCAUACAGUGUGUGAAGAGGCAAGGUGUCCGAAUAUCGGGGAGUGUUGGGGGGGGUCGGAUAAGGCCUCUGCGACGGCGACCAUUAUGUUGAUGGGGGAUACGUGCACAAGGGGGUGUAGGUUCUGUUCUGUGAAGACGGCGAGGAAGGCGAAGGGGGCGUGGGACCUGGCGCCGUUGGAUCCGCAUGAGCCCGAGAACACGGCCGAGGCGCUGAGGAGGUGGGGGCUUGGAUACGUGGUUCUGACGAGCGUUGACCGCGACGACCUUCUCGAUGGCGGGGCAGCGCAUUUCGCCGAGACGAUUGCGAAGAUUAAGUCCAAGAGUCGCGAGGGGGGCGGGAGAGAAAUCCUCGUCGAAGCGCUGACGGGGGAUUUCGCAGGGAAGCUGGAGAUGGUCGAUAAAGUCGCCCUCUCGGGACUAGACGUAUACGCCCACAACGUCGAGACGGUAGACGAACUCACCCCCCAGGUCCGUGACCGUCGCGCGACGUUCGCGCAGAGCUUGAAGGUCCUGGGACGCGCGAAGGAGGCAGUGCCGAGUUUGAUCACUAAGACUAGCAUUAUGCUUGGACUUGGGGAGACGGAGCCGCAGCUUAUGGACGCCCUGAGAAGGUUGAGGGAGGUGAAUGUCGAUGUGGUUACAUUCGGACAGUACAUGCGUCCUACGAAGCGCCAUAUGCAGGUUGAGGAGUAUAUCUCGCCGCAGGUGUUUGAGGCGUGGAGGAAGAGGGCGUUGGAGAUGGGGUUUUUGUAUUGUGCGGCGGGGCCGUUGGUGAGGAGUAGUUAUAAGGCGGGGGAGGCGUUUAUUGAGAAUGUGUUGAAGCAGAGGAAGAAGGGGGUUGAGGGGGUCAAGAAGGGGGAGAAGGAGGUGGUUGUGGAGGUGUAGGUAGAUUGGAUCGUGAGGGAGAGGGGUGAGUGUGUACGAUGAGUGGGAUGGCGUUGGGGCACUGGGAUGGGUGUUUUUAUAGAUGGUUGGAUGGGGUCUGAUGGGGACUUGUGCAUAACUGGGGAUUGAUACAGCAAUCCGGGCUAAUAUAAUAUAUCUCCUUGCACUCCAUUUUUGAGCAACUGGCGUGUUGGAAGGCCGCGAUAUAUGACUGAGUGACCUCUGUCAAAGAUGAAGAUGGAGGAUAUCUAAAC